CACCAGAGAAGGAAAUAACUCAUAACUCCUACUGAACAUUACCUUCCUCCACAAACUUUGUCUCGACACGACUUUUCCAGCAUCACAAAGCAGACAUGAUGGUUCACCGUUUUACGCGGAGACUCGUGCGCCCCCUGCUGGAAGGUGGGAAUCGGAUCACGCCAUUAAGAGCCAUAAGUGUUGAACCCCAGCCAAGAUCAGACAUGGCCGAGUUCCGUGAUGUUUUCUCUAAGGCCAAGCACAUAGCCAUCAUCACGGGAGCUGGAGCUAGUGCCGAGAGUGGUCUGCCCACCUUCAGAGCAGCCAGUGGCCACUGGAGGAAGUGGAAAACUCAGGAUCUGGCAACUCCGCAGGCUUUUUCUCGUAAUUCGUCCCGUGUGUGGGAGUUCUACCAUUACUGGAGAGAGUUGGCGGUGAAGGCCAAUCCUAGUGCGGUUCACGCGGCUAUCGCUGAAUGUGAGGCUCGUCUCAGACAGCAGGGCCGGACCGUGGCGGUAAUCACACAGAACACGGACGAGCUGCACCGCCGAGCCGGCAGCAAGCGCAUCCUCGAGGUCCACGGCAGUCUCUUCAGAACCAGGUGUCUGAGCUGUGGAAAUGUGGACGUCAACCACCAGAGUCCCAUCUGUUCUACUCUGCAGGGCAAAGGUGAUCCUAAUCCUGACUGCAGUGAUGCUGACAUUCCUGUAGGAAAUUUGCCAAGGUGUGAUCAGAGAGGCUGUGAUGGUCUCCUGAGACCUGAUGUCAUCUGGUUUGGAGAGACGUUGGAUUCGCACGUACUCACCAAGGUGGAGAAAGAGCUGGAUGCCUGUGACCUCUGCCUGCUGGUUGGUACUGCCUCUGUUGUGUUUCCAGCAGCCAUGUUUGCCCCCCAGGUUGCAUCCCGCGGCGUCCCAGUGGCGGAGUUUAACAUCCGGCCACGAUCAAAUGCUCGAUUCACGUUUUAUUUCCAGGGCCCGUGUGCAGAGACUGUUCCCAUCGCCCUGGCUCCCCACGAGUCUGAGUCGAUGUGACGUUCUUACCUCCACAAAGAGAUGAAGAGGAGCACUAAGCUUGGGGUUUGCAGCGGCCUGCUGUUCAUCCGUUUUGCUUCACAUCUUUGUGUUGGAAAGGCUGAUUAAAGAGGUGUUGCAUGGACCAAAUGGGAGCUAUUAAUGCUGGCUGAGAAAUUAGAAAAUCUUGUUUUACUGCUGCUCUAAUAUACGUUAUGCUUGAAAGUGUGCACUUAAUAGGCCAUUUCUCUGUCAGUCACUUACUCUGCUGUGAAAUGCAGUUAGGAGUGCUUCACUAGUUUUAUUUCAGAGUGCAGGAACAGUUUGUAUCUAUACUCGUUAAAACCUGAACCAGAGAUCUCAGCAGUAGAGGGAAUGCGAGGGAUUUCCGGGAAGGUUUUGAAAGCCUGAAACCAAAAACCAAACCAGUUCAUUCUCCAAAGCAAAUUAAAACGCAACUUAAUGUUGAACUCGACAUUCUCAAGUUGUUGGAUUGGCAGCAACUAUUAAACCUCAAAUAUUAAUUUACAAUAAUAUUUCCAUGUUCUUACUGAAUGCUUCUCCCAUUCUCGUCAGAUUGUGACUCCACUGCCACAUGCACAACCUCCAAUCUGAUUAAGGAUCACUGCACACCGCUUCCCCACCCUAUACCUCCGGCCCCUUGGACUUCUGGUGUCCAAUCUGUGGCUUCUUCUUAUCACCUGCCAUUGUUGGGUUUCCACACUGAGUCAUAUCGCAUAUGGAGAGCCACACUAGGCUCCAUGUGGACCCUGCCCCAAACCUUGUGCCGGAAAUCGCAUAUCGCAGCAGGUGGAGACCUUCCCUCCCUCAAACACAAUCAGUUGUGUCUGUGUGGACACCCGACCAAGUUGGUGGCUCUUCUAAGAUUUUAAUUAUUGAGUUUGAACACUCACCAGUGACUUGCUAGCGUGUUAGACCGCUGCGCUCUUCAUGCAUUGUUUAACCUAAAUUUUCUACGUGUGUUGUGUUUAACAGAUUGUGUUCCACUAUAAAAUAGAUCCGAGAUGUGCUGAGUUUAAACCUAUAAUAAAAGCACACUGUUUACAACGUUUCAACCACAUUUUCACACACCUUCACAUCAGUGAGGAUAAACCUUAACCGUAACCAAGUAUCCUAAAAAUGAAAGACCUGGCAACCCUAUUUUUUUAUGCUAUUUUUUUUUUUUUUUUUUUUUUUUUUUUUUUUUUUUACAUAAAAACAUGAAAGUCAUUAAUACACCAAAUAUGUAUAUAAAUGUAAUUAUUCUAAUAGCUGGGCUCACUUAAUGUAAAUGUGGCACAAAGUGGUCCAGUCCUGUCUUACCAGCUCAGCAUCACAAGGCAUUAAAUAUUAGUAAUAAUUUUGUUACUUUUUUCAACAUUAAAGUAGUGAAUCAGUUCUGUGUGUGAUUGGGGGGGGUUAACUAAAGCAGCUACAGUUAGAGUCAAAAGUCUACACACAAAAUAUGCAUAAAGCAAGAUUAUUAAUGUAGUGUUAUUGAACCCGUGUGAUUAUGACUGACUUUAGCUGGCCAUUUCUUUGUGCUUGUAUAAAUAAGGCUAGUGUGACUGCACCUAGGCUCGGUGGGUAGCACUGUCGCCUAGCAGCCAAAAGGUCCUGGGUACAAUUCCUUUCUGAGUGGAGUUUGCAUGGUCUCCCCAAAUUCCAGUUUUCUCCCACAGUCCAAAGACGUGCAGUCAGGUUAAUUGGAGACACAUCUAAAGAAAAUUUUUUGAGUGUAUGUGUGUGUAUGUGAAUGUCUGCCCUGCGAUGAACUCGCUGCGAAGCGAGUGGGCGAAUGAGUGACAAAUUUCCACUCAGCAUAAGAUGAGUUUGUUUUUUCUUCCUGAUUAUUUUAAAUAAGUGCAGUCAAACCAGCCCUAUUAAUACAGGUCAUAAUCACUGUCAAAGAAUUGUCAGGCUAUGCCACAAGUUACCACUACAUUAAUAAUGCAAGUUUGUUUAUGUGUAUUUUAACUCAUUAAUGUUUUUCAAAUCCAUGAAACCUAUGAAAGAAUUUAUUUGGUCCGGGUCCUUUCUGUGUGGAGUUUGCAUGCUCUCCCCGUGCCUGCGUGGGUUUCCUCCGGGAGCUCCGGUUUUCUCCCACAGUCCAAAAACAUGCAGUCAGGUUAAUUGGAGACACUGAAUUGCCCUAUAGGUGAAUGGGUGUGUGUGCCCUGUGAUGGACUGGUGCCCCGUCCAUGGUGUUACUGUGUGCUUUGCGCACAUUGAAAAGCUGGGAUAGGCUCCAGCACCCCCCGCAACUCUAAUUGGAUAAGCGGUUAAGAAAGUGAGUGAGUAUUUUUGGGACAUUGAUGGAUGUGUUUCAAUUAUACAGUCAUAAAAAGACUUGGCAUGCCUUUAAAAGCUUUUGUACUGACCCCAGCUGUAUGUUAUUUCUGCUGAGAACUUUUUGUGUGCUGUUACUGGCUCAGAAAUAAAUCGCUUGAGCAUU